CGGAUUUGUUAGAAACGGGUUAAAGCAUGGGUUAGUUUAUCUCUUCCAGAUAGGAGCCUGGAGUAUGGAGAAGAAAACUACACCAGUCAAAAUAUUAUAUCCCAAAAAUUGCGUAACAUGCUUUGGAAUACCUACAAGACUAAUAAAUAUUUUUUGGAAAUAAAUCUCGCAAAGAGAUUUGAGGAAAAAUUGGAAAACAUUCUAAGUAUCAACUACUCUGAUUUUGAAAAUAGUGGCGAAGUGUACAUUUGUGAGAAAUGUUAUAGAAUUGUUUUAAACUAUUCUAUGUUCAGAGGAAUUGCCUUGUUAAAUUAUGAAAAAUUCCAUGAAAGCAUUCGAAGGAAAAGAUUACCUAUAGCUACCCCAGAAAGUGUGAAAAAGCCACAUAAAAUUCAGAAGAUUUCUGUGGCAGAGCAAAUAACACGAUCUGUUGAAAAACUGUGCAUAAAUUCACAAAGUUGUACAACAAAUCAUCAUAAGAAGGCAAAGAAAAAACUUGACUUACCUGAAGGUGAUUUUUCUAAUUCAAUUAGCAUAAAAAACAAUUUUGGUUUAAGAGAAUCUUUUGAUUUGAAAACAUUUUUGGAGAAACUGGAUUGUUCUAUAAGGGAAACUAAUAGGAAAGGUGAGACUGUUUUACAAGAGAAGAACUCCUUUGAGCUAUUGAAGGGUGCCGUGUUUGAGAAAGCUUUGAGAGGGUUGAAAACAAAAGUUUCAUAUUUAUAUGAAGUGUUUAAGACACUUUUGGAUGUUGGAGAUGAAAGUGAACUUACACCUUCUGAAAAGGUGACAAUGGCUACCAUGUAUGGUAUGAUCAUGCAGAGUAGAAACAAGCAGUCCUCAGCAUUACAAAGAGUGUAUACAGCACUUGUUAUCAGAAGUCAUGCGGAUAAUAUGCUACUUCAGAGACUAAAUAAAGCACAUAUCACCCUUUCCGCUAGUUCCAAACAAUAUUUCAUGGAUGACUUGGGGAAAUACUGUGAUGAAAAAAUCGUACAGAGUCUAAGAAGUUGGACGGAUGGCAAGACAAACGGGGAAAACUUAGACUUUCGAGUGGCUACGCACGAAAUCAGAACGAAUGUUAAAGCCAAAGACUUUCAUUUCUUUGCUUCAGACUUUACCCCAGACAGAAUAGAAUCUUUCAAAGUACAGUGACAAAGGGAGCAUCGGUGAUGUCAAUUCUGUACGAGUUGAAAAUUUUCUGCCAUCUCUAGAAGAGGAGAAAAUGUACAGAGAAAGCUUGAAAAUCAUUUUAGCAAGAGAAAUAGUUGAUUUUUCCAACAAAUUUACAUGGAUGAAAAUGUGCAUUCCAAACCACAUACCACAUGAACUUGCUGAGGAAAUGUCACAGAAAUCCACUCCUUUCCUCCUGCCAAUACUUUUAAAAAAUGAGACCUCAUACUCUGACUGCGUUGAUAUAUUAACAUCAUAUACUAGUCAGUUGGGGGAUCGGUAUACACGAGCCGGUCGAGGUUCAAUACAGUUUCUUUGCUUCUGAAGUUCUGUUCUGUUUAGCUUUUUUACUUGGUGAAGAAUUUCCCAAAAUGAAGGUACCAGUUGGUGGGGACCAAAUGACGCGAGAGAGACUCCAGUGGGCUAAAGCUUUGAGGUCUGGUGCCCAUACCAGUUUGGAAAGAUUUCAUAAUCUGUCUGCAAUGAUUGUUGAGCUCUUUCACACAAUACAGGAUUUUCUAUAGAAAACCUGUAAACGAUUCCUCAACUUAAAGUCAUCAAGAGAUGAAGGCAGUUUGGCAUGGUAUAAGAUAAAUCUGCACCGUUCCAAUGUAAAUGGGAAAGUGAAAAGCAGGUUUGCCGCUCACGAGGACUUCGUUACAACUGCAGGAAAAGGACUUUUCAGAGAAUUUACUUUGCAUUAUUUUGACAUGCCUGAAGAAUCAAGCGAGAUUCCUGAAAGUUAUUUACAAACUAAUGUGCACUUUCUCCACAAAGAAAAACGUGAAAAGAUAUUUCAUCAAUGGACAAAAUCCAUAUUAGUUAGAUUUUGGGAUUUGGAGAAUGACGAGUCUUCUCUGAUUUUGGACUUGAAAGUUAAAAUUCAGAGCACUGAAUUACUGAUACAAGCUCCUGUACAGAAUGGAUAUGCCAAACUGAAUUUGCGCAAGGGACAAGAAAAUAGGAUUACCAUGGUGCAAAUACCUAUUGCUUUGCUUACAAUUGGCAAAUCGGUUCAGUUGACUUUAAAUGGAGUUACAGAAUCUGCAACAAGAAUUAACAAAGAAACUGAUGACAUUCAGAAUUACUCUAUGUGUUUUCUACAGUAUGUAUUUCUUAUUUGGAAUUUCAUGGAUGCCAUCAAAGUGGGUGAUAUAUUUAGAACAAAUGUAUGUUUAAAAAAAAUGAUUCCUUUGUUUUACUGUCACUCAGAACUAUCAAAAUAUCUUGCGAAAUGCAUUGACUACAUUCAGAAGACAGAAAUUCUGCUUUCUACAAAGAUGUCCAUGAAAGUGAGAGCUGCAUCAUUCAUAAAUAAAAGUGGGCACAUUGGAAAAAACAAACCAGAAGACAUGGAAAAAGAAAAUCAAGUAAAACUUUUAAAGGAACUUAUCAGAGGACUUGGUUCCAACAAAACAGAAAAUGCCAUUGUUGGAAUCUCUAAAGCUGCACCAGUUAUCGAAUCAGUGGUCCAUCACUUUGAUGAAGAAGCAGGGAUCUGUGAGCUUAGAACAACUCAUAAAUCAAGAUCUCUGGAAAGUGACCUAAAGGUAAUGUUAAUAAAAACCAGGGAAUUGAAUCCAUUAAGUGACCAAGGGAGAAGUCUGCAAUCAUACAAGGGAAUAAAUGCUAAUCCUAUUUAUUCUGUAAACAAGGAGAAAUUUCAUCAAGUUGUCCUAAGAACGGCACAGAGAUUACGUAGGGGACAGAUUUCUGACGAAACAGAAGAAGACGCUAGUGAUAUCGAGGGUGGUGAUAGUGAUAGUGAUGAUCCCGGUUCUCUUUUUGAGUGAUAUAUAGACACGAACAAUAUUUUAAAUUUCUACUUUCAU